AUGAAUCUAAUUGGUACAAGUCUACGAAGGAGGCUUUUUCUAAAGGAGCAAGGAAAUAGCAAGGUGAUUUGGGGAGGAAGUGAUUCGCGUCAUUGCGCACACCCAGAUGAAAAGGAAGAGGAACAAUACGGCAAAGUGGAUUGGGCGCGUGAGUACUUGGAAAAAGCUGUUCCAAUUACAUCCAGCUUCGCUCAAGAUGAGAUGAUAGACGUUAUUGGUAUUACUAAAGGAAAAGGAUUUAAGGGUGUUACAUCACGUUGGCAUACUCGUAAGCUUCCUCGCAAGCUUCCUCGCAAGCUUCCUCGCAAAACUCAUAAGGGUCUCCGGGAGGUUGCUUGUAUUGGCGCCUGGCAUCCGUCUCGUGUCCAAUAUACUGUUGCCCGUGUCGGUCAGAAGGAGUACCAUCACUGCACAGAAAUGAACAAGAUUUACCGCAUUGGAAAGGGAAUUCAUACGCGAAAGGGCAAUGUUAUCAAGAACAAUGCGUCACCCGAGUACGACCUGACGGACAAGUCCAUCGCUCCUAUGGGCGGUUUCCCCCACUAUGGCGAAGUCAAUAAUGACUUUAUGAUAAAGGGGCGCUGUAUGGGGCUAAAGAAACGUGUGAUUAAACUUCGCAAGGUCUUGGUCACGAGUGCGGAACGUGUUGCUCUCGAAAAGAUCGAGCUCCAGUUUAGGGAUACUAUCGCCGCUCACAAGUGAGAAAAGAUUUACCGCAUUGGAAAGAAUUCAUACGUGGAAGGGCAAGGUUAUUAAGAACAAUGCGUCUACCGAGUACCUGUCUACCGUCUACCUGACGGACAAGUUCAUCACUCCUGUGGACGGUUUCUCUGCUAUGGCGAAGUCAAUGGCUUCGUUAUGGUAAAGGAGUGUUAUAAGAGGCUAAAGAAAUGUGAUCAUACUUCGCAAGGCUUUUGUCACGAGAACGAAAUUUGCCGCUCUUGAAAAGAUUGGGUUGAAGUUCAUCGAUAGAUCUUCGAAGUUUGGGCAUGGAGGAUUUUAGACGCCAGCUGAUAAAGCACAAUUUAUGGGACAAACUAGGAAAUCGAAGACUCCGGUGGCGGUUACUACUGCAACUCUGGAUGUGUUAAGGCAUAAUCGUUCAAAGUGAUAUGUGUGUAUAUAUAGGAUUGUUGAAUAUAUAAUGAACGUUGUUUGCAA